CAGGCCAGGUUGGAUGGGGCUUGGAGCACCCUGCUCUAGUGGAAGGUGUCCCUGCCCAUGGCAGGGGUUGGAGCUGGAUGAGCUUUAAGGACCCUUACAACACAAACCAUUCCAUGAUUAAUCUCCAGUGAAGUUCCUCCUGGAGGUCUGAGGAGCUUCUCUAUGCAAGCUCUGCCUACGUUUUCCUCCCAGUCCAUCCAUGUCUUACUCUUGUAGGCAGCUGCAUUCCUGCUUCCUGCUACAAUGCCCUGAGUAUGUUUCUGCUUCCCUUAAUUGCAUCUGCUUGAUUCUUCCUCUCUGCUUCAAUGUUUUAAGAAGCAUCUACCAAGGUGACACCUUUUUUCCUUUCUUACUUUCCACCAUGGCCUAGAAGUGGGAAUUUGGCUCAAACUUGAUUCAACUCAAGCACAAAAAUUUACCUCUGAUUUCUUUUCAUACAUUUAAUACCCACUGGAGUGAGUCCAGAGGAGGCCACGGAGCUGCUGCAAGGGCUGGAGCAGCUCUACUCUGGAGCCAGGCUGAGAGAGCUGGGCUGGGGCAGCCUGGAGAAGAGAAGGCUCCUUAAAGGGAGACCUUAGAGCAGCUCCAGUGCCCAAAGGGGCUGCAGGGAACCCAGAGAGGGGCUUUGGACAAGGGCCUGUAGGGACAGGCCAAGGGGAAUGGCUUGAACCUGCCAGAGGGGAGACUGAGAUGAGCUCUUAGGCAGAAGCUCUUCCCUGUGAGGGUGCUGAGGCAUUGGCACAGGGCACUCAGAGAAGCGGUGCAGUGUCAUAGAGAACAGACAGAUGAGGAGAUGCUGCUUUGUGCAGCUUCUUGUUGAUAGGGUUUAGUAGAGAAGACAGAGCCAGACUCUUCCUGUGGAUGCAGAAUGGCAGGACAGGAGGCAACAGGGAUGAGCAGGAACAUAGGGAAACCUUGGACAGGUGGGAUUUCUUCCUGUUUUCGUGAUGAGGGUGAUGAAGCUUUGGCCAAAGCAAUGAGGGAUAUUGUGGGAUCUCUGUCAUUGGAGAUGCUCCAAUCUCAGCUAGGUGAAGCUUUGAGCAACCUGCUUCAAGCCUGGUGUUGGCCUUGAGGCCUCUUCCACCUAAGUUCUUCUUAGAUCCUACAAUAAUGGUUGGACUUGAUGCUCUUCAAGGUCUUUUCCAAUCUGGUUGAUUCUCUGACUCUAUAACAUCCAUGUAUCUUCACCUGUGUGACCAUCUCCUUUCUCACAACCCAGGGGAAUGACGAUGACCAACCUCCCACCUUCCUCAGGAGAUGGCAACUGCUAUUACAUCCUGACAGAAGACUGUUCCUAUGGCAGCAAGUUAUUCCAAGCUGGAAACUUGUGUUUCUGCAGCGAGAGGAGUUACCUGCGCAACUUCUCCGACGACAGACGUCCCAUUUGCUUCUUGAGGGUCAUCAUGUUGGAUGACAGCUCCACCGUCACCAUCAACAUGGAGAUCCUUCAACCUGUGUCUGAGAAGGUGGCCUCCUUCCUCCUGGCCAUCAGCAGCCACUGUGAAAGGUUGAACUGCUUCUUGGACGGGGUGAACCUCGAGGCAGCUCUGAGGGCUCUGCCUGGCCACAGGGUGAUGGCUAAGGUUGAGCACCAGUAUUUCCCUGGAAUCAUCCGUUACAUUGGGAGCAUUUAUAGAAGCACUGCUGUGUUGUCUCCCUUCUUCUUUGGGGUAGAGUUACAGGGUGAAGGAGAAAACAGAGGGCGCAGCGAUGGGUCCUGCCGUGGCACUGAGUAUUUCAAGUGUAAGAAGAACUGUGGGAUCUUCCUGCCAUUUACCAAAGUCCAGUUUGUUCCAGAUGACAACUAUGGGAAGCAGAAGCCAAAAGCAGACACGGAGGAGGUAGUCCCUGUGAAAGUGGGAGAUGCAGUUAGCUUCUAUGUGGAUGAGGUCCUCACCAGAGGAAUAGCCAUGGCAGUUUAUAGGAAGGGAGCCCAGUGGCUUGUUAAAAUCUGUCCGGAAGAAGAAGGAACAACUGACAUUUUCAGAGAAAUCCCUCUGGAUUCUGUUGUGAAGGAAAACUUGCAAAGUUUAUUUAUGGGCUUGGAACCCCCAAACCAGAUGAAACAAGAGGUCAGUGAGAGCAGUGAGGAGUGUGACGGGGGGAAUUCAGCCCUGGAAGUGAACUCCAUGGUCCAGAUCACCUUGGACAAAGGAACUCGGGUUUCGGGAAUCAUCCGCUGGUUGGGCUACCUGCCCCAAAUUGAGCACAAGAUGGCAGGAGUUGAACUGGAUGAAGAUAAGGGGGUCAGUGAUGGUGAGUGGUUGGGCAAAUACUACUUCCACUGUGCUCCGAAGCGUGGCCUCUUCGUGAAGCUGCAGUGCUGCCAACCUGAUGUUCGCUUCCAGAGUUCACACAGCAGUUAUUUGAGCCUCAUAGAUUAUGGAGGACAAGAAGUUCUUCCCCAGGCUCCAGACAGUUUUCCUCCCCUCAGGAAUGAGGCAGCAGUGUGUGUCCUGCGAGGGCGGAUGAAGGGGAUCCAAGGCCAUUGUAAUUCCUGCUAUAUGGAUGCAGCUCUCUUCAGCCUCUUCUCCUGUACAUCUGUGGUGGACUCCAUGCUCUUCAAGCCCUUCCUGCUGUGUGAUAGGAACGUCCAGAGCAUUCUGAGGGAUGAGAUUGUUAAUCCCCUCCGAAGGACUGGCUUUGUCAAUGCCAAGAGUGUGAUGCACCUCAGGGAGCAGUUGACUGACAAGGGCCAGUGUUCAAGCUUUACCAAUGCUGAGAAAGAUCCUGAGGAAUUCCUCAAUCUCAUCAUGCAUCAAGUUCUGGGGAUAGACCCACUCUUGAAACUGCAGUCAGGAGGCCAGAAGGAGCAGGACUGUUACUGUUACCAGAUAUUUAUGGACAAACAGGAGGAUCUGGUGGUUCCUGACGUGCAGCAGUUAGUGGAACGCUCCUUCCUGUCCUCUGAUCUGAAGCUAGUGGAGAUCCCGUCAUGCUUCAUAAUCCAAAUGCCACGUUUUGGAAAGGAAUACAAAAUGUUCAGCAAAAUCAUUCCUUCCUUAGAGCUGGAUAUAACAGAUCUGCUGCUUGACAGUCCCAGGGAAUGCUGCUUGUGUGGAGAUGUUGCCACCCUGGAGUGUUCAGAGUGUUUCAAAGACAAGGUGUUUGCAGCUACAGGCCUGAAGCAGUUCUGCAGCUCCUGCUCCAGACAGGUUCACUCCCACUACCACCGCAAAACGCACAAGCCGAGAGAGCUUCACAUCCCAGAGGAAUUCCACACCCGGAGCACCCGGGGCUGCCAGCAGGUCCCUCAUGAGAAGAUGGAGCUCUUUGCAGUGCUCUGCAUCGAGACCAGUCACUAUGUCUCCUUUGUGAAGUAUGGCCCUGAGAAUGACCACUGGAUGUUCUUCGACAGCAUGGCUGACAGGCACGGUGGUGAAAAUGGCUUCAACAUUCCCACAGUAACACUGUGCCCUGAAGUUGCCAAGUACUUGGACUUGCCACUGGCUGUGCUGGCUCUGAAGCAGCCUCGGGACAUGGAUGGAGUGGCCAAGCGCCUCUUCUGUGAUGCCUACAUGUACAUGUACCAGAGCAAGAAGAUGGCACUUUACAAGUGACCCUGGUGCUGCAGAGCACUGAGGUGUUGGAAACAUGAACAUGGAUCAGCCCUGGAGCCUGGCACCAGGGAGAGCAGCCAAGUCUGGGUACACCAAACGUGCACUUGAGCCUCUUCUUGCCUCUGCCGGUGUCUGGUAUGAAGGUGCCCACAGCAGCCUGGGUUAGUUAAAUCCUGUCAUGUGAGAGUUUGUACUUCCAGCAGACCUGGAUUCUGGAUUCUUUACACUCAAAUUCAUUCUUCUUUCCUCCCUUCCCUUUCCGCCCUCUUUCCUCCCCACUCUGUAGCUCUGCCCUACCUCAGAGUCUUCCCCAACGUCCUUUUCUCCCUUCCAGUGAUAAGGACCAGCAUUUAAGGAAAACAUGGACAGUUAUCAAGCUGAGGACCAGUAUUUAAUCAAGACAUGAAUGGUUCUCCUCAGGUUUGCAAGGAGCACAAAACCCCACAGCAUUAUCCUGAAUAACCCGUCUUCACAUGGACUUGUGCAGUGAGAAACCCAGGAGCUGUGAACUGCACCACAUUGUGAAGAGAUGGGUCAGGAUGAGGGUUUCUUGAGGUCUGGGAUGUGCCCCACACCUAAAAGUGGGUCCCUGACGUGGUUGCACUUCCCUUAUCCAGCACUAAACUCUGGUACUUGUACCCACCAUCCCUGUUUUCAAGCAUGAGGUCACUGGAUGUCUUGAGCUGCAAAUAGGCUUUUAAAUCCAUGUUUCUCUCCAGAACAAAACUGGAAGAAAGAUAGAACAGAGGAACAAUGUGUUUUACUUCCUCUUUCUUGCAAAGGCUGCACUACUGCUGCCUGAUGGGGUGUUUUAACCUCACUUUUAGCACUUUCUGUCUCAUCUCUGCACCCACUCCUGAGAUCCAAAGACCUGUAACAGAACUCCAAGGGCAGAAAGGAGCACUCUUGGCUUUGCUGUGACUGGAGAAAGGUCUCAGGCUGGGAACUGUUAUUCCUUCAACUCAAUAAAUGUGCACACUGGAGCUUCUCUGCCAUUAAGCUCAUGCUGUCACAACAGGAGGAAGCUGUUAGAGGAGUCAGUGAUGAUCCCAGAUCUUCAAUGGAUGUAUCCAGGAGCCCCAGAUGUGCAGCUGGAAUCCCCCUCCUCUUCUUUAUCUUCCCUCUUUAAUGCAGGGUGCAGCUUUAACUUCUCUUUUGGUUGACAGCAGAGGUUGUGAUGCUAAAGGGGACCUCAACAGCCCGACAGUUGCAGCUGCUUCCUGGGGUGUCUCCUGUCUGUAUGUGAUGGCCCCAGGUUGUUACCACGCAUUAAAUGUCAAUUCAGCUUCUAACUGUCUCUGUUGAGCAUUUGAGUCUCAACCCUAAGUUGACCAUGAGGACAGAGAAGGUGGACAAUGUCCUGAGCUGCAAUAGUGGUGCCAGGAGGUGAGGGAGAUGAUCCUUCUCCUCUGCUCAGCAUGGAUAAGGCCACAACUGGAGUAUUGGAUCCCAUUUGGAGCUCCCCAGUACAAGGGAUGAAGAGAGUCCAAUGAAGGGCCGUGAAGAUGGACUGGAGCAUUUCUCCCAUGAGGAAACACUCAGAGUUGUCACUGUUGAGCCUGGAGAGGAGAAGGCUCCAGGGAAACUCAUCAGUGUCUGAAGAGAGGGUGCAAAGAAGACAGGAUCUUCUCCAUAGUGCCCAGUGAUGGAACCAGAGCCCCAGGGCGCAAAGAGAAACCCAGGAGGUUCCCUCAACAUCAUGGAAGGCUUCUUCACCAUCAGGAUGACAGACUCUGGUCCAGGCUUCCAAAGAAGUCAUGGAUUCUCCAUCCUUGGAACUACCCAGAAUGGGUCUGGACAAAGCCAAAGCACCAGUGGUGGAGCCUGACAAGGGUUAGGGGAGAGCAGAUCAUCAAGGAUGGGUUUACCCUUCUCCUGCACUGAUGAGCUGCUCCUCUGUGGCCACGCAGAGGGCUGAGGGUGCUGAAGCUCACUGCCUUCCCCUGCUUCAGGCUGCUCUUCAGUCAUCUCCUUAGACCUCAGGCCCAUCUCGACUCAGGUACGCUGGGCUUGGACUUGUCAAUCUCUGGGGAUUCUGCUCUGAAAAUGUAACUUUUAAUAGCAAACUAUUCCUGGUUUUCCUGG